GCAGCUGGGGGCGGCGGGGGGCGGCAGGGGCGGCGACGGACACGCCGCCACCAGCAGCGCCGGCUCUCUCGACAGGGAGUCGGCGUCGGGCUCGUCGUGUGAGGGGUCCGUGUCGCACGAGCUGGACGAGGCGGACGAGUGCGACGGCGAGGCGGACGAGGAGGCGGCGGCGUGCGACAUCGGGCUGGUGGAGCGCCUCAUUCGCACGCACCCCGUCUGGUUCCUGCCCGGCAUCCAGCGCGCCGGCGCCUUCCACCUGCUGCAGGGCAAGGAGGAGGGGAACUUCGUGGUGCGGCAGUCGAGCCAGCCUGACACGAUGGCGAUAUCCGUGCGGCUGCCGGCGGGCAAGGGUCCUUACAUCGAGCACUACCUGGUGCAGGCGCACGGCGGCCGCCUCGGGCUCGAGAGCUCCGACAACCGCUUCGACAACAUCCCGUCGCUCGUCGCACACUACUCACAGUGCUGUGACGAGCUCCCUGUGCAGCUGACAUUACCUCGCGCUCUGAGGGAGGCACGGAACAGGCAGCAGCUUUCUUCCCUUGCAUUGCUUGGGCAGGAGUUCUGGCGGUACCCGAUGGCAAACCCCCGCCCUCCUGAAGUUUCCCUGCACCAGCAGCAGCAUCCUCAGCAGCAACAUCCCCAGCAGCAGCAGCAGCAGCAACAACAACAGAUGGUGGUCGGCACACUGGAGAGUGUGCAGAGGAUGCAGACCAACACCGUCGUCAGCGUCGGCACCGGCACGACCGACCAGACAUCGCCGAGCAGUGCAAGUGCCAGCUCCCUCAGCAGCUUCGGGAGCGGGAGCCGGCAGAACAGCAGCUGCGGAGGCACGCCGACGUCGGACGUCAUGGGACCCUGCGAGUCGAGGCCCGUCGUGCUUGAGCUGGCGCCGCUGUCGCCCUCCCCCUCCAGUGUGGGUGACGGCCAGCCACACCACACUCUCUCCACCUUCAAGGGGGCAUCGGUGUCCACUGACAGUGGCAGCCCCACGAGUACUAGCCCUCCGGUAGCCACAGCCCCGCCACCCCGAACGACCAGGCCCACCCCACCAAACACCCUGAAUCUCGUCUGUGCUGCAGCUCCAGCUGCACCUAUUGGCCCUCCUGCUGUGAUUAGCCCAGGCACAGCCACAACGGGAGGCAAGACCCCACCUCCACCGCCUCCUCGAUGGGCCAAACCGUCGGUCUCGGUUACCAACAACUUCACCGUAACGACAACUGUUACAUUUAGUGUGAACCAGAACUCGACGACACCCCCGGCGCACGUCGAAGUGUCCUGUGUGCAGGUGACACCGAAGAGACCUCUGUCGGAUAGCCAGAGCCCCCCGCCAGGACCGGUGUCUUCCCCACUGUCCCCGGUGAACUCCCCGACGUCGACGACCCCACUGAUGGAACAGCAACAGAAGGGAACAAGGGCCGGCACAAAGAAAGGAGGUACCAGGUCCCACCACUCCCGGCAGCUGUCCUUGAAGGAGUCCCACCACUACCAGGAAUCGGACAUUCUGGAGUCACCAACUGUGUACUACCGCAGUUCCGUAGCGGACAAAGCGAGUGACUACGAGGACAUCUGGGGCCCCGGCUCGAGCUCGGGGCAAGGAGAGGGCGUGCUGUCCACGUUCCGGCCAGCAGGCCCUGCGACGUCGCCCUUCUCUUCCCCAGAGGGUGGCCCCCCUCCGGACCUGCUGGAGCGGCUCGCGCCCCUGACCUCGCCCGUGGGUCUGGCACCUUCGCUGUCCAAGUCUCGGCUGCCGCCACUCGUCACCAACACCGGUGCGGCCCAGCCGCAAGUGCCAUCUCCGGCGCAAUCACCUUCGACUCCGGCAGAUGACAAUCCUCCUCCACCGAAGCAGGGAAGCCCAUUCUAUGCGGAGCCGGCUGACGCAGUGAAGUCAUCACCCCUGGCAGCAUUUGGGCUGCAGCGGCGUGUCCCUCAACGCCACGGGCCGGUCCCUGCCACCCACCGACACUCCGACCCUGCACCGCUGGUGUCCGCCGCUGCGGCAAGGGGUGCCGGCUCUGCAGCCCCUCGGCAGCUGCAGAGGAUCGACUCCAGCGAGGAGCUGGCACUGUCUGCGGACGACGUGCGUCGGCCCUGGGCACGACGUCGGCAGGGGGCAGUUGCGGGGGCAGAGAGAGGUGGACGGGGACGGAGGGCGGCCAAGAGGGCGGUGGCACCUGCUUCAGCCUGGGCACUCGACUCCUCCUGGGAGUUCAUAGUGAACGAUGACGAUGGAGAGGAAGGUCUGUCUGGGGGUGAGAGCGAAGCCGAUGACGAGGAGUGUACGGAAGAGCCGUCGAUUACCGGAGACGAUCGCGAGAGGAGGUUUCCGUCGCUGGAGCAGCAGGAGAACACCCUGGAGGAGGACAGUUCGGUGACACCGUGCACUGUCCACGACCUCAUCAUCCAGAGGUUCCCCAGCCUGCGGCUGUCCCCGGACCCGCUGUCAACUCCCGGAGGCUCCGCACCCCCCUCGGGUUCCCCACCUCCUGCCGGUGGCCCUCGAGGGGGCACCCUCGCGGACGGAACCUGCUCCAGGGUCUCGUCGUAUGACAAUGUCGAGAACGGCCACCGUUCACACACCCCCGACAGGGAAAUUGAGCGCAGCAGAUCGUCGCACCAGCAAGAUGAGGAUACACUGACGGAAUUCUCCGAGCCGUGGGACAGCUCUCGCUGGGAAAGUCUACUGGGUCCGACCGUGGCGACGAGUCAGGGGAAUGGCAACAGCAACAGCAACAGCAAUGGAACGAACGUGCACACUUCAGACCGCAAAGAAAACGGGGGCAGCAUUGCGCCGACGCCUCAGGACGUCACCAGUGUCACACCACCUCAGCCGGUCCUGGGAACGGAGCCCCUGCUCUCUCCCCCGCGGCUGCACACGCUGCGCAGCGCACGCGCUCUCUCCGAGGGGGGCUGCGGCAGUGGUGGGGGCGCAGCAAUCCGGGCCUACGCCCUGCACCUCGCCGCCGACCGCUCCACCACGUUUGCCCAGAACGUCGACAACUUCAUCGCUUGCACACGAGAGUCUCGCGAGACCAGUCCGCAGGUCGUGAUGCGCAACAUGCGGCAGUUCAUGUCCGGCAUGAAGAACUACCUGGUGAAGCACGGGGAGCGGGAAUUUGAGAAGGAAGUCGAGAAAGAGAGGGUCAAGCUCCGUGCUAACGAGUUCCUGAACCUGGACGCCAUCCUGGAGGGCGUGAUGCAGAGGCUGGUGGUACGGCCACUGCGCGACCACGUCUACCGGCUGUUCGUCGACGACUACGGGCGGCGCGGGGAGGUCCGGAGGCUGGCGUCGGCCAUAAUGUCUGCGCGCUCGUGUUCCCUGCGCGAGCUGGGAGUUCGUGCCGGGGUGCGACCGCCCACAGCUGCGGGUCUGGCCACCGUGACUGCCCACCUCUCCCGCCUGCAGUCGAGGGACCUGCCUCUCGACAAGCUGGCGGCGCUGCUGGAUGCUGUCGCUUCCAUAUUUACCUCGGUGAAAGCAGCAAAUGCCGGUCGUUCAGUUAUGCUCACUGCAGAUGAUUUCCUGCCGCUGCUCGUCUGGGUGCUGGUGCAGGCGGGAAUGGUGGCGGCUGAGAUUGAGGCGGACCUGAUGUGGGGCCUGCUGCAGCCGUCGCUGCUGUCCGGGGAAGCGGGCUACUACCUGACAGCGCUCAGCUCGGCUGUUCAUGUGCUCAAGAGCUUCCGCCGCUCCCCACCGUCUGCUGCCGGUUGCCCUCAGAGCGGCAUAGCUCCAGAGGUGGAACUGCAGUCAGUGCUGAAGGUGGUGGUUCCUGACGAAGUGCACGGAUCCAUAAUCACCAAGACACUACCCGUGCGACCCCACAUGACGACCAGGGAAGUCUGCAAGAUCAUUGCACACAAAGUGCGCAUCACAAAUCCGCAGGAUUAUGGUCUCUUCAAGUUGGUGGAUGGUGAAGAGACAUUGCUAGCAGACAGUGAAUGCCCUCAGGACGUGCGUGGCAACGUGACUAGUGCCGGGAAGCACUGUAUGUUCGCAUACAAACGAAUAGACGCCAAGAUCGCGUGGCCUCGAACAUCGUGACAGGUGUCGCACACCCCGCAUAGUGUGAAAGACUGAAGGCGAGGUGUAACUGUCUGUAUUUAUUUAAGCACUGCCUGUCAGUCCCUGAACACAGCAUAAUUAAGUUAACUGCUGAUUGAAGGACUUGAGACACUUGCUGCUGGCCACGCGUUUCAGUUGUUGGAAAUAUUUGUGUGACAGAAUGUUUACUUACGAAGUACCUACGUGUCACUGCAAGUGGUAGUGUGGAGAGUUUCAAACAGAAAACUCAGAUAAUUGUGAUUUUUUUUUCUGUUGGGUUCCCUGUGAGAAAUCUGCUGUGUGAUGAGUUGGGGUUUGGUGGUCUUAAAUUUUGAGGUAAUGCUCUUAUUGUUUCAUGCAUUACAAAGAAAAGUCUGAAGAAGCACUACAUCAAGCAGCAUAAGGCAUGUGACUAACUCAUGUUUUCAUAUGUCUGGACUCUGAAGCUGUCAGUGACUUAUAAUUUACAGCAAACUUCGAAGUUUUUGAAAAGCUGGAAUUUUGCUAAUUUCUCCAAUUUCAAGUCUCGAAGUUAGUGUAUUAACUGUGAUAUUUAUUUACUUUAGAGGGAGAAUAUAUUGUGGUAGUUUCUCUUGGCACUGAAUUAAAGUUGCUACUUAAGGCAUGAGCUAUUUUUGCUUUGUAUAUGCAGUCUAUAUUUCAUCGGAUUUUCUUAUUUUCUUCUCAGUUGAAAAUGUUUGUUGUUAUAUUGUACGCCUUCUAUUAAUUAUUCAGGUGAUGAAAGUUACUAAGAAAAGUAGGAGGGAGGAAAGAAGAGUGUCUGGCGAACAUAAAAAUUGGUAUUUACUGUAGUCGAAUCCUUUUUGAGUUUUCCUUGUUACAAAAUGUUGGUAAUUUUCAAAUUGGUGAGAUUUUCUGGUGCUUAGCUAUUGAUAUUACAGCAAAUGCAUUGUGCAAUGCAUGGUUUGCAUCACUGAGGUGAAAUGAAUGUCAAAUACCUAUCAACUGAAAAUGUCUGCUUUAACAAUGGCAUACAGAAUUAACGAAAUAAUGUUGCAUGGCACCGUACUGAACAACUAGCUUCUUCCAACUAUUUGGACAGAAUCAAUCAAAACAAGGCUGACAGCUUUUUCUGUAAUUGUUCCAGUUUCAGUUGUUGAUAAAUAACUGCCCAUUCGGUCUAAAGUAGUGUAAUGAUGCAUAUUCAUAAAUCAUAUGCAGAAAUGUCUUACACUGAAUAUUUCAGUACCUGAUGGUAAUUUUGUAAUGUGAUCUGAUAGCAUAUAUUAUAUUUGUUCAAGAAGCCAUAAUUACUCCAGCAUAUAUGUGCCCUGAACUUCCCCCCUGUUAACUGUUCAGCAUGAGCACAAUAUUUGUUUGUUUUUCGUUUGCUGAUUAGUUGGAUACAGCGAUACUUAUAAUUCAGAUGUCAGCAAUUGGGAUUGUUACUCAACUACAUUCUAAUUAUGUGAAUUGAUGACGAUGUGCUCUGUCGCAUAUUGUGCGACCCGUGUUCAGUAUUAACAAAAGAACUUAAAUGAUUUUUAUUGACACUGCAUCAUAUGACCUGUAUAUAGCUCAUGUAAGAUGUGUAAUUUGAGACUGUGAUUGAAAUUUUCCUCUUGCCUUGUAUGUACUAGACAUCUUUUAUAAAGUUUUAUUUUUGAAAACUUCGUUAAAAGAUGUAUUUUCUAGUAUGUGGGUCACAAAUUAUCAGCACCCUUAUUUUCUAUUACCACAUCUCCUCCCAUUCUAAGCGCUUCAUUAGUCAGUCAGUUAUGUUGUACUUAGCAGCAUGUAAGUAGAAUAGUCUUCUGAUCAUCAUCUUACAUUGGAUGAUGAUAAUAGAUAAGGCAACAACCAAAUUCAGAUAAUAAAACUGAACAAAUAUGUACUCACUUUAUGUCUCUGUAACACUAUUACUUCUGUGCUGUGGACUCAUGGGACUCUUAAAGACACUUGUAAUUAAUCUUGCCAAGUCUCAUAUACGUAUUUAUACACUUAUUGUACUACCGUCAAAAAUAAAACAAAAACAAUAUUGUUCACCAUUCGUGUAGUGCUAACAGUCUCCCUGAUGUAAUUGGGGUGCAGUUGAACCAGUAAACAAUAGAUCAGUAAUAUCAACAUCUCAAAAGAAGGAAAAGAAAAACUGUGUCAUCUCUACUUAAAAGAAAUAAAUAAUAACUUGUGUAUCACAUUGGCAGUUGUUCAGGAUUCAAGCAGGGAGCAUAGUAAUGUCUCCAAAAAUAUUGUGCUGAAAUUGUUGAUGCCAAGCAUUCACAAAGACACUUUAUAACAGCCUGCAGUCUCUUGGAGGCAGUUGCAACAUGACACUCAGAAUGGUGAAUAAAUUCUGUCUUAUAUUGUUGUUAAGAUUGCAUUGUACUGUUUGUCUUUAUUUUUUUACUAAUAUACUAGUCAUUAUAAAAGAGAUACAAAGAAAACAUUCAAUAACAUAUUAAAAAAUGUUUUUUGUAUCCACAAUGUGUAAGAAACUUGUAUAUUUUCUCUUCCAAGAUGUACAUUUUCUCAACAUCUCUUUCGUACAUAACCAUGUGAAAAUGUAGCUUUGUCCUUAGGGUUACAUAUAUAUAUUACUUUUAAUACAUGCUUACUUCUCUUUUGU